AUGGACGGAGGUGACAUGGCCACACCUGUACAAAAGCGAGCACACGAGGCAUGGAGGAUCUACAAGUUUUAUCUCGACAAGACUACGCCUCACUCUACCUACCGCUGGAUUGGAACCUUUGUUGUCUUCCUCAUCUACUGCUUGAGAGUUUUCUCCAUCCACGGCUUCUACAUCAUCUCCUAUGGUCUCGGCAUCUACCUCCUCAAUCUCCUCAUCGGCUUCUUGUCCCCUCUCGUUGAUCCUGAGCUCGACAACUCUGAUGGAGGAGCUUCUCUCCCUACUCGUGGCUCUGAUGAGUUCAAGCCUUUUAUCCGCCGUCUCCCCGAGUUCAAGUUCUGGUACUCCAUGACUAAGGCCUUCUGUAUUGCCUUUCUCAUGACGUUUUUCUCGGUCUUUGAUGUUCCUGUCUUCUGGCCUAUUCUGCUUUGCUACUGGAUUGUUCUCUUUGUCCUCACCAUGAGACGCCAGAUCUCUCACAUGAUCAAGCACAAGUACAUUCCUUUCAGCAUCGGAAAACAGAAAUAUAGCGGCCGGAGAUCUUCUGCUACCGGUGGCGCCUCUCGUGCUGAUUGA